GCCCUAGUAACUCUCACGCCUCCUAUAUAAAUCCAGCCUCAUCGCUCUUCUGCAGAGCCCCGGAAUUCAGAAGCCAAGCCACGCCUGCGCGACGCAAAGCACAGAAGCGAGAAGCGGUCGACGACGAAUCCCUCUCCCAUCGUUAAAGAAGUUGGUGCAGGCAAUCUGUGACGCUUGGCCUGUCAAAGUGGAGGGUCCUCAGUUCGAAGCUUCUUUUAUGUCUGAACCGGCCUCACUUUUUCUGUCAUCACUUGGAUUACUUGGGGAGUACUGUCCUACGUCUAGAAAAAAGAACAUACAUCCAUCUGAAAUUGUUGGAUGCAUGCGUCUUGGAGCCAUUGAGAGCUGCAGGAGUGAAGUUCUAGGUUGCGGGUCUAUGCGACCUUUUACAUCCGAAGAGAAUUUUGCCAUAGCAGAUAAAGCUGCCGUUACCUUUUGUUCCUUCUGAUAUAGAUUCGUGACUUUGCGCUGCCGCGACAAGAUGGCCCUCCAAAAUAUUGGUGCUUCGAACCGUGAUGAUGCCUUUUACAGGUAUAAGAUGCCAAAAAUGAUAACAAAGAUAGAGGGUAGAGGCAAUGGCAUCAAGACAAAUGUGGUCAACAUGGUUGAGAUUGCGAAGGCACUGGGCAGACCUGCUUCUUACACCACAAAGUAUUUUGGUUGCGAGCUUGGUGCUCAAUCGAAGUUUGAUGAGAAGACUGGAGUUUCACUUGUUAAUGGAGCCCAUGACACUGCGAAGCUCGCCGGCUUACUGGAGAACUUUAUUAAGAAGUAUGUUCAGUGCUAUGGUUGUGGGAAUCCUGAAACUGAGGUUACCAUUACCAAGACCCAGAUGAUCACACUGAAAUGUGCUGCUUGUGGGUUUGUGUCGGAUGUUGAUAUGAGGGACAAGCUGACGACGUUUAUACUGAAAAAUCCACCUGAGCAGAAGAAGUCAUCAAAAGAUAAGAAGGCUAUGAGGAGGGCUGAGAAAGAGCGGCUCAAAGAGGGGGAGGCGGCAGAUGAGGAGCAGAAGAAGCUGAAAAAGGAGGCGGCGAAGAAAAAGGCUUCUGCAACUUCCAAGGACGCAUCAAAAGGUGCAUCGACUAAGAAGAAGAACCUGUCUGAUGAGGAGCACUCUCCACCAGGGAGCCAGGCUGAUGAGAAUGAUCAUCAUGCUGCUGCUGACGACGACGACGACGUGCAGUGGCAAACAGACACAUCAUUAGAGGCGGCCCGGCAGCGCAUCCAGGAGCAGCUGAGUGCUGUUACUGCUGACAUGGUCAUGCUCUCCACCAAUGAGGAGAAAUCAAAGUCGACAAAGAAGCUGCCGGAAGAAGCAGCAAAAUCAGAAACCAAAGGGCAUGGCAAUGGCACUGUAACUGCUGAGAUUGAGGAUAGUCUUGUUGACGAGAUUAAGGAAUUCCUGGAAAAGGGCUCCUCAUCCAGCCAGCUAAAAUCAUUCUUGAAAUCUCUAUCCGGGACCCCGAAAGAAAUCAUGGAUGCUUUAUUUCAGGCUCUCUUUGAUGGUGUUGGGAAGCGGUUUGCAAAGGAAGUGACCAAAAAGAAGAGUUACCUGGUGGCUGCCACUGAGGAGGAUGGAUCACAGAUGGUGCUGCUGCAGGCUAUCGAGUCUUUCUGUGGAAGGGCAGGUCAGGAGGUCUCGAAGGAGGCAGCGCUGGUUCUGAAGUUCCUGUAUGACGAUGAUGUGCUCGAGGAGGAGUUCAUAAUGGAGUGGUAUCGGAAGGGUCUGGCUGGUGGAAACAAAGCUUCUCCAAUUUGGAAAAAUGUUAAGCCGUUCAUUGAUUGGCUUCAGAGUGCUGAGUCCGAGACCGAAGAAGAGUGAUGGUGAACUUGCGCGCACGCUUCAGCUGCUGCUGGUAGCAUCAAAGAUACUGUCGAGUGAUGCUUAUGACAUUCCGUGUUUGGCUUUUAGCUGCGUAAUCGCGUCUCUCUUAAUUUAUAAUAAGAGGGAGGCAAUGAGAGGGAGGGUUUAUUCAUCUUCCCUGUCACGAGCCUCUUGGUUUGCUUUGCGUUAUCUCAGGUUGUUGGAGUCAGUACCUUUGAAGGUCUAUGUUUGUCGUGGUAUUGGAUCUGUUGGAACCUUAUCUAAAGUUGCUUUUGCGUUAUUGUAUUGGCUUUAAACUUCA